CCUUCUAAAACCUCACACUUCUCUCUUCCCUCAGACCCUAAAAUCUCUCUCUCUCUCUGCGCGAGAUCGAUCAUCCACCGUCUGAUUUAACCACCAACGGCCCUGAUUGCUCACCAGAAAAACGACAAUAAAUGUGAAUCUGUUUCUCUUUGUAAAGAGAAAGGUAUUCAGUAAUGGCUUCUCGAGCAAUUUUGAGGAGGAAGAGACUUAUUUCUGGUUAUGUGAAUGGCUCCACACGCUCAAUUCAAAGUUUCCCCUGUAUUGGUCAUGGGCAUGCUAUGCAAAAUUCGGAUUCACGGGGUUCAAGGUCCAGUGAGGAAUACCCUUUUACAUAUUUUAAUGGCAGGAGUGGUGGGGAUAAAGAUUCCAUGGCAAAAGAGGGAAUAUUAAGCUUUUCAGGUUUAGGACAAAUUAGGCAUAGAUAUUAUGGGACUAUGGUUUUGGGUUUGGGAAAUGUAAAAUCAGAGUACAUUUCUCCAAUGGGGAUCAGAAUGUCAGCACUGUUGAUUCGAAAUGCUUCUACAGCUGCAGCUAAACAGCCUAACAUGGGCAAUGAUGAUGAAGAAAAUGAAGAACUGAUGGAUAAAAAGAGAAAGGAAGCAUCUGCGGAGGAAUGUGAUCAAGCUGUUGAAGGUUUGAGUAGUGCAAAGGCUAAAGCGAAGGCCAAACGGUUGCAAGAAUCUCAGAAGGCUAAAUCUGUUUUGCAAAGAGUAUGGGCCACGUUUUUAGGGAUUGGUCCUGCUCUGAAAGCUGUAGCUUCUAUGAGCAGGGCAGAUUGGGCCAAGAAGCUUGUUCAUUGGAAAGAUGAAUUUAUAUCAACUCUGCAACAUUACUGGUUGGGUACUAAGCUACUCUGGGCUGAUACAAGGAUCAGUUCAAGAUUGCUAUUAAAACUUGCUGGUGGGAAGAGUCUCUCCAGAAGGGAGAGGCAACAACUAACGCGAACCACAGCUGAUAUUUUUAGGCUAGUUCCUUUUGCAGUUUUUAUCAUAGUGCCAUUCAUGGAGUUUCUGUUGCCAGUAUUUCUUAAAUUAUUUCCCAACAUGUUGCCAUCAACCUUUCAAGACAAGAUGAAGGAGCAGGAAGCACUGAAAAGGAGGCUAAAUGCAAGAAUAGAAUAUGCCAAGUUUCUCCAGGACACAGCGAAAGAAAUGGCAAAAGAAGUUCAGAACUCACGGAGUGGGGAAAUUAGAAAAACAGCAGAAGAUCUUGAUGAGUUUUUGAACAAGGUUAGAAGGGGUACCAGUGUCUCUAAUGAAGAAAUUUUGGGCUUUGCUAAGUUGUUUAAUGAUGAACUUACUCUAGAUAACAUCAGCAGGCCUCGUUUACUCAGUAUGUGCAAAUACAUGGGAAUCGACACUAAAUUAUUCAAAUUUAGUUUUUCAGAUGCAUACUUACGUUACAUGCUCCGAAAAAGGCUUCAGAGGAUUAAAGCUGAUGAUAGAUUGAUUCAAGCGGAGGGUGUGGAAUCCCUUUCAGAAGCUGAACUUCGUGAGGAUUGUAGGGAGCGAGGCAUGCUUGGAAAUCGUUCAGUGGAAGAAAUGCGCCAACAGCUUCAUGAUUGGUUGGAUUUGUCUCUCAAUCAUUCUCUGCCAUCUUCUCUUUUGAUCCUUUCCAGGGCUUUUGUUGUGUCCGGGAAGUUGAAGCUAGAGGAAGCUCUCCAAGCUACAAUCUCUUCUCUGCCAGAUGAGGUUACAGAUACAGUUGGUGUUACAGCUUUGCCAUCUGAAGAUUCUGUGUCAGGAAGGAGGAGGAAACUGGAAUAUCUUGAGAUGCAGGAAGAGCUAAUCAAGGAGGAGGAAGAGAAAGAGGAAGAAGAGCAAGCCAGAAUGAAGGAAUCUAAAGCUAGUCAAGAGGACCUGGCACUGAAAGAGAUGACUGGUCCAACAGCAAGAGAAGCACACGAACAAGCAAGAGAAAGAACAUUAGAAAAACAAGAGCACCUCUGUGAACUCAGUCGUGCAUUGGCUGUUUUGGCUUCUGCAUCUUCAGUAAGUAGAGAACGUGAAGAGUUUCUGAGCCUCGUCAAUAAGGAGAUAGAACUUUAUAAUAGCAUGGUAGAAAAAGAGGGUACUGAUGGUGAAAAAGAUGUUAUGAAGGCAUAUAGGGCUGCUGCGGCUGCUCGAGAAGAAAGUGAUAAUGCUGAUGAAGUGGCUGAAGGUGAAGAGGUUUCAUCGGCACUCAUAGAGAGAGUUGAUGCUAUGCUCCAAAAUCUUGAACAGGAAAUUGAUGAUGUGGAUGCCAAAAUCGGUGAUCGUUGGCGACUACUGGACAGGGAUUAUGAUGGGAAAGUAACUCCGGAGGAGGUUGCAUCUGCCGCUAUGUACUUGAAGGAUACAUUGGGCAAAGAAGGUGUACAAGAACUCAUUAGCAAUCUUUCCAAAGAUGGAGAUGGGAAAAUUCUUGUAGAAGACAUUGUCAAGCUGGGUAGUAGGGCAGAAGAUGCAAAUUCAGCUGAAGACGGGGGUUUGUAGAUAUAUUCUAGUUUGAUUUCCUAUUGUAGAUCUUGAUAGAUGCUCUCAAAUCUCACUCCUAAAAUGGUUCUGAACCAAAUUCCUUUUGCUUCAAGUUCCAGUGGAUAAUUAUUUUUGGAAGUUGCUUUUUUUUUUUCCUCAUGUAAAAAAGGUUUUUAAGACUGUUGUAGCAGUCUGAUGCAAAAGACAUGCUUGCUAGUAUAGUAAAAGUCACAUCCUGAUAGAUAGAGACAAUAUAUGUACACACACAACAAUACUAGGGCCUUCUAGGGUAUCCUAGCUAUUUUUUGCACUUGAAAUGAGAAAAAGAAAACCCUCCCUUAUAUUAGAUCUA